ACGUGGGCAAGGGUGCUUGCCUUGCUUCAUACAAACAAAUGUUGAUGGGUGUAGUGCACGAUGGAAUGAGCAUCGUGUCAUGUUUUGGAUUUAAUAGAUAUACAUGUACACAUAUGACUUGAAUUAUGUGGCUUAAACCUGAAGAGGUACUGCUGAAAAAUGCAUUCAAGCUAUGGGUAACGGAAAAAAACAAUGAUUAUUUCGUUUUACAGAGGAGACGAGGAUAUGGAGAAGGUGGGGGCGGGUUGACAGGCCUUCUGGUGGGAACCUUGGACACAGUGUUGGACUCCACAUCCAAGGUUGCCCCCUUCCGCAUCUUACACCAGACACCAGACUCACAAGUCUACUGGUCUGUAGCAUGUGGUGCCACCAAAGAGGAGAUCAGUCGUCACUGGGAGUGGCUGCAGCACAACAUCAUGAGGACCCUGUCUGUGUUCGACUCCAGCGAUGACAUCACCAGCUUUGUCCAAGGAAAAAUAAGAGGUCUGAUUGCAGAGGAAGGGAAAGUGUGGCAUGUGCAGGAGGACGACCCGGAGAAGUUCCGCGAGGCCCUGCUGAGGUUUGAGAAGUGGUUUGAGCUGCCUCAGAGGGAGAAGCUGGUGACCUACUACUCCUGCAGCUACUGGAAGGGCCGUGUGCCCUGCCAGGGCUGGCUCUACCUCAGCACCAACUUCCUGAGUUUCUACUCCUACCUCCUGGGAGCUGAGGUGAAGCUGGUGAUCUCCUGGGAUGAGGUCUGGAGACUGGAGAAGACAUCCAAUGUGAUCCUGACGGAGAGCAUCCAUGUGCAGGCCCACGGAGACCAUCAUUACUUCUCCAUGUUCAUGCACCUCAGCGAGACAUUCCUCAUCAUGGAGCAGCUGGCUGACUACUCCGUCAAACGCCUGUUUGAUAAGGAGACCUUUCAGGGAGAGCCUGCCCUGUGUGACCCUUUGCAAAUCACCAAGAGAGGCCUGGAAACUCACGCCAGGAACGAGCAGUUCAGGGCGUUCUUCCGGCUACCCAGGGAGGAAAACCUGCUGGAGGUGUACGAGAGUUUCCUGUGGGUGCCCUUCAGCCACUUCAACACGCUUGGCAAGAUCUGUCUGUCUGAGAGCUACCUGUGCUUCGCCAGCCAAGAUGGCAGCCAGUGCCACGUUAUCAUCCCCAUCCGAGAGGUGAUUGGUGUGGAGAACCCGGACAGGAGCAGCAGAGUGUUGACGGUGUGUGUGCGGGGGAAGAGGGCGCUUCGCUUCUCAGAGGUCCGGGACUACGAACGGCUCGCCAGCGCAAUUCGCAGGAGGUGUGGGAUGACAGCCAGCCCUCUGCACUCCACGCCACCCGAGGUCAUACGAGGGGAAUGUCAGUCGCUGAUCAACCACUUUGAGGACAACCCAGAGGAUGUGACUCUGAUGGUGGGGCAGAAGGACACCAGCAAAGCCGUGAGCACCGAAGCUCUCAUGACCGUGUUCCACCCGCAAGACGCAGAGAACCUCGACCCCAAAAUGCUGAAGGAGAAGAUGAAGGAACAGUCGUGGAACAUCCACUUCUCAGAGUACGGCCGCGGCACCAGCAUGUUCUGCACCAAGAAGACCCGCAACCUGAUAGUCCGUGGAGUUCCUGAGUCCUUAAGAGGAGAGCUGUGGAUGCUGUUUUCAGGUGCAGUGAACGACAUGGCGACUCACCCCGGCCACUACACCGAGCUGGUGGAGCAGUCGCUGGGAACGAGCACCCUGGCCACUGACGAGAUCGAGCGGGACCUCCACCGCUCCCUCCCAGAGCACCCCGCCUUCCAGAGCGAGACGGGGAUCUCCGCCCUGCGGCGCGUCCUCACCGCCUACGCCUACAGGAACCCCAAGAUCGGCUACUGCCAGGCCAUGAACAUCCUGACAUCGGUUCUCCUCCUUUACGCCAAAGAGGAGGAGGCUUUCUGGCUGCUGGUGGCUGUAUGUGAGAGGAUGCUGCCUGACUACUUCAACCGCAGGAUAAUUGGAGCGCUGGUGGACCAGGCGGUGUUCGAGGAGCUGAUCAGGGAGCAGCAGUCCCAGCUGACGGAGCACAUGACAGACCUCAGCUUCUUCUCCUCCGUGUCCCUGUCCUGGUUCCUCACGCUGUUCAUCAGUGUCCUGCCCAUCGAGAGCGCCGUCAACGUGGUGGACUGCUUCUUCUACGACGGCAUCAAAGCCAUCCUGCAGCUGGGUCUGGCUGUCCUCAACUGCAACAUGGAGGCUCUCGUCAGCUGCCAAGACGACGCAGAGGCAGUCACCAUCCUCAACAAGUUUUUCGACAGCGUGACGAACAAGGACAGCCCCCUGCCCCCCACAGUGCAACAGGCGUCGCUCGGCAACAACGACAAGUCCUCCCACUCCAGGAUGGACAUCAGUGACCUCAUCAAAGACGCCUAUGAGAGAUUCGGAGACAUUCGAUCAGAGGAAGUGGAGAGCAUGCGUAAACGAAACAAACUCUAUGUCAUCCAAACCUUGGAAGAUACAACCAAGCAAAACGUUCUUCGGGUCGUGUCUCAGGAGGUGAAGUUUAGUGGUCCUCAGCUGGACGAUCUGUAUGCAUUGUUCAAGAGGCAGCAUUUUCUCAGUUGCUACUGGACGAUGAACAGCCCAGCGCUGCUCCACCACGACCCCAGCCUGGCCUACCUGGAGCAGUACCAGCUGGGCCUCCAGCAGUUCCGCCUGCUCUUCUCCCUCCUGGAGCCCUGGUCUCUCAGCAGCAGUACAGACACGCUGGCUCUCUGGGCCUUCCGCCUCAUAGACGAGAACCAGGACGGCCUUGUCAACUUUAAGGAGUUCUGCUUGGCCCUGGACAUCCUGUACAGUGGCUCUUUCACCAAUAAACUGAAGUUCCUGUUUAAGCUUCACCUGCCUCCAGCUUUCACAGGAAGUCCUUUCCACUCAAAGGGUCAACAGUUUCCUCACUUUGUUCCAGUGACUGAAGACAUCUCUCAUCUCAGUAGACUGACUGUGUCAGAUCUUCCAGAGGAUGGUGUGAUACGAAAGAGCCCUGAAAGAGGCAGAGGAAAGGUAGAUCUACAAGCCUACCUGAAGCAAUGGCAAGAUGAGAUCCUUAAGAAAGAGGAGAGCAUUAAGGAUCUACCCAGAAUUAACCAGGCUCAGUUCAUCCAGUUCUCCAAGACCAUGUACAGUCUGUUCCACGGCGACCCAGAGGAGGAGCCUCUGUACCGGGCAGUGGCCAGAGUAACCAGCCUGCUGCUGAGGAUGGAGGAGGCAGGACGUCGGCUGCAGGAGACCAGCAGCCCUCGGGAGACCCCCAGCCCCCCUCCAGCUCCUGCAGAGGGGGGUCUGGCGGAGGGGGAGGCCUCUGCCCCCGUGGAGAGCUCCCAGCCCCCCAGCCCCCCUGGCCCCCUGGUGGGCGCGGCUGCCAGCCCUCAGGAGAUGGAGUGGUCCUUCUCCUUCGAGCAGGUGCUUGCGUCCCUCCUCAACGAGCCUGUUGUUGUGCGCUUCUUUGAAAAGCCUGUGGACAUUCAAGCUCGCGUGGACAGUGCCAAGACCGCCCAGGUCAAGGCCAAGGCAAACAAGUAGAACGACACAUUACGGGUCAAGACGACUUUUCAAAGCCAUCAAGUUAUCAUGACUCUGCCUCACUGCUGUCCUCUUUUGUGUCAUUGCUUGGUCAGGCAGCAGAAACAGGUUGAAAGUCAACACCGUGGACAUAAAGUACACUUUGCAGAGAAAGCAGUCACGUUCUGUGAAGUCAGUCUGUUCUGUAGUGUUGUACUGUACGUCCUAUCUUAGACUCGUAAUUUGCACACCAGCGAAACUCAUCUGGCAUUUUGCUUUUACUGUAUGUAACAGUGACUUUUCCUCAUGCAGCCUUAAUUCAUAUUAUUUUUUCAGAAACACCAGCUUUUCAAAGUGAGGUUGGCAGGAAUGAUGUAGGGAAGGACAAAGCGCUGCAAUGGAAUCCGAAGAAGCCAUAGCAUACAGUCACACUCACCCCUCAUAGCAUACAGUCACACUCACCCCUCAUAGCAUACAGUCACACUCACACCUCAUAGCAUACAGUCACACUCACCCCUCAUAGCAUACAGUCACACUCACACCUCAUAGCAUACAGUCACACUCACACCUCAUAGCAUACAGUCACACUCACCCCUCAUAGCAUACAGUCACACUCACCCCUCAUAGCAUACAGUCACACUCACCCCUCAUAGCAUACAGUCACACUCACCCCUCAUAGCAUACAGUGGCUAAAACCAGAGGACAUGCAGUUGACUGAGUACAAACUAUUUAACUUCUACUUAACUUUUAACUUCAAAAAAGAGAAGAUUGGAUUUUCUUGGUUUGAGUUCAGUUUAUUUGUUUUGUGACACAAUGAAGGUACAUAAUCAGGUUAAGCUUAGUUAUUGUUUGUGGAGAUUCUUCAUGCAAGUGAAAACACAAAGGGAACAUACAACAUGCUGAGCCCAAGUUCCUAAAUAAUUAUAAUUUAGUUGACUUCCGUAAAACACUUCUUACAUACUGAAAUGCAAUGGUUUUGUAAAGAAUAUCAUGACUGAAAUAACAAAAGCCUUUUGUCGUUGCCAAGUUAGAGCCCUUUCAGGGCAAAAGAAACUAGCUAAAUGUAAAGGUAGCAGAUGAAUCGGGUUCAAACUCCAGAAUUGGUGAACUGAGUAUUUUAAAGUCAAUCAACAAAUCAAACAUAUGCAGAAUAGAGAGACUUUGACAUGUAUUUGCUUCACCAACACUUUAGAUGUAACUUGGUAUUUGCUCAAAUAGACAAAGAAAAAAUAUGUAGCACCUUAAACUCUGGUCUUUCUUUAGGCACUACUUAGUGAGUACAAUAUUUCUACUGAAAGUAAUGUUACAAUCUGAAAGGGACGUGUUUAUUCUAGUAAUUAGGUUCAAAAGUAGAGGAAAGUAAUGAGAUGAGAUAUUUAAGAUUAGGUUAUCAUUUGUUAGAUAUUCUAUAAUUUCAUUCAGUUCUAAAGGGAAUACUGUGUAUCAUGUAAUUCAUGAUAACUUUCAUCAAGGUAUAUAAAAUAAUUGUGGUAUAUUUUGAUAGUUGGAUUUUUGAGACUGCAAGUUAAAUACGUUGAUAGUGUCUAACUGCUAUACAUUCCCUUUAUUAUUUUAUUCGAUGUUUUUUGAAUUGCAGUUAAGCAUGAAGUGGGUGCAUGGGCAUGGAUACAUGAUGGAAACAGAACUCAAAUGCAAUGGAUAGUUUGUUCUGUUCGACGUACUGUUCUGUACAAAGUCGUAUUUUUUUGUUUUUUCAAUUUACAUAAUUCAAAGAUGUGUAUGUAGGAUGGAUAUGUCUAUUUUACACAACCAGUGAUAAAUGUUUAUUUUCAAAGCCUGUGUCAAAGGCAAGAGAUGUGGUAUGUGCAGCUGUAUAUGGUCUGUUUUCCUUGUUUGAACGUUCCUGACUUGGUGCCAACUGUGUAAAAUCUUUGCAAUUUGAUACAGUAGUCUCCAGUUCAUAAAGCCCUCAUCACACAUCAAGUACGUACCUCUUAGCUGCUAGGGCCUUUUAAACAUUGUUACUAAACUAGCCUCACUUAACGCAAUAGCACAAUAUCAUGAAGCAUUUAUGAUGAACUGGCUGUUUUUUGUGUUAUAGUUAAUUGAUAUGGAGUUAAUAUUUGUCAAGUUCAUUAAUAUGCUAAGUUUAUUUUGAAAGUAAAUGUAUUCCCUAUAUUGCAGAAGUUGUCAAGUCUUGAGGCAAAACAAGAAGAUUUGACCUGUAGUUAUCAAUGUCGGUAUGUACCUGUCACGGUUGUUAAUGUGGCUGGCUUACAUUACAACCCCAUACAGCAGACAUUUCAAGAUCGUAUCCAAGUUGAGGAUACAUAAGCUGAAUAUGCCAACUGUCUUUACUGUCUCAUGAUUGAACCAAACCUGCAAGAGACAUGGUUCAAAUGUUUAAAUUGCACUGUAGGCCUAUAUGCACUAUAAACAUGCAGAGUCAGAUUAAUUUGGCUGCAAUAUCAUACUAUCAUUAGUGAAAUGGAGUACUGUAUUGUAACAUGUAUUACACUUACUUUAGAUGAGACAAAUCUCAUAGCACAAAUAGUACUAGAAAUCUGUCGAUUUUUAUCCAUGACCCUAAUUAUUCAAGUUGGCCUACCCCUUCAAAACGUAUAUGAAUGGUUUCCUAAAUUGAUGAGUCUACUUGUGUAACCUAAUGUACUGCCUCUUUAUUGAUUUUCUGUUAUUGAGGGUUGUAGUUCUGUGUGAAUACAGAACAUGAAUAUGGAACAGGCUUGCAGAGGAAGUCAUUAUGCCUGUGCCUAUCACACGUGACACUUUAUGUGAAUGUCAGAUGUCUUCAAAAUAAAUUAAAAUGUUUUCAUAGAAA